AAUUAAGACAAAGCACUGCUAAUGGCAGGCGGGUUUAAUCGGCACUAUGAUCUUUUUUUUUUUUAACCUCUAAUCUCUAGAGAAGAGACCACUCGUGCCAAGUUAAGAGUUACCUCCUGUGUCACGCUGUACAUUAGGGAAGUAUAGGAGAACCGGUCGCCAAAGGGUCACAUUCACAUGCUUUCAUCCCUUCUUCUUUUUCUCUUGAAUGGGACAACGUCAGAGCGCCCGUGUGGAGCUGAGCCACCGGAGCGUACGGUCACCGGCCGCAGACGCUCACUGGGAGGCUGCAGGAGUCAGAGCUCAGCAAGAGCGGUGAUGGCUGAGUGACAUUUGAAUCCUGCUGUGUGUAUUAUUUAUUGAUGCACAACAGUCAGCGAUGUAGAGUCCAUCGGGGAUAUAGUCGGACUGUUCUUUGGCUGUUUGUCGGACAUGGAGACUGGAAUGCCCUUUGAAUGGAGUUUGCGCUGUGAAGUUGUUAUUGACGCGAUGGGACAUUUAUUUUGAAAUAAAAUUUAAAAAAAUCGGGCUUCAGCUGACCGCGUUUCUGUGAGGCAAAGAGGGCUGCUGGUGACUUUAGUAAACAGACAGAGCAUUCCUAAAAUUACAGCUGUUACAGCGGACCUACAAACCGGGCAGACAGAAGAGCUCCAUUCAUUACACUGAGGAAUUAAGUUACCACUAACUCUUCAGCACUGCAGCUUAAAUGAUGUCAAAUCUAAUUUACAAAGUCAGGGGCCAAAUGUCGAGCCCAGAGAGGGAUUGCCUCAAACGUCUAAUCCUUCAUCUUUCAUCAGAAGACACAAUGAUGGAGAUUUUUUUGGCUGGCUGCAGCACAGGAGCCUCCUAGAUUUUAAUCCAGUGGAUAUGAUGUAGCUCGACUCUUCAGUAUGACUUAAACGAACGCUCUCCAACCCACACAUGUUCAGGGAUGGAUCUCAAGAACCUGACAACUGUCAUAGACAGUGGGUUUUUGGACGAGGCACCAUCGAGCCGCGUCCUUACUGGCUGUUUCCUCUCGCUGCUCAUCCUCACCACCUUGCUGGGAAACACUCUAGUUUGUGCGGCUGUCACGAAAUUUCGACAUCUUCGCUCUAAAGUGACCAACUUUUUUGUUAUCUCCCUGGCCGUGUCAGACCUCUUGGUCGCCAUCUUGGUGAUGCCGUGGAAGGCGGUGACGGAGAUCACUGGGUUCUGGCCAUUUGGCUCCUUUUGUGACACCUGGGUGGCGUUUGACAUUAUGUGCUCCACAGCGUCCAUUUUGAACCUUUGUGUGAUAAGCCUGGACAGGUACUGGGCCAUCUCUAGCCCCUUUCGCUAUGAGAGGAAGAUGACACCCAGAGUGGCCUAUGUGAUGAUCAGCGUAGCCUGGACACUGUCUGUCCUCAUUUCCUUCAUCCCGGUGCAGCUCAACUGGCACAAGGCCCAAACUAAAUCUUACACCCCUCUCAAAGGGUCGUCUGGCUCUUCAGGUCUAAACGCUACAUCUUACCAGAGCCCAGAAAACUGUGACUCAAGCCUGAACAGAACCUACGCCAUCUCAACAUCUCUGAUAAGCUUUUACAUUCCCGUGGCCAUCAUGGUGGCCACCUACACCCAGAUCUACCGAAUUGCCCACAGACAAAUCAGGAGGAUCUCUGCCCUGGAGCGAGCGGCCGAAAGUGCCAAAAACAGACACGACAGCAUGAGCGGAGGGUCCAGCAUUGCGGAGUCCGAGAGCUCUUUCAAAAUGACUUUCAAGAGGGAGACCAAGGUGCUGAAGACGCUGUCAGUCAUCAUGGGGGUGUUUGUGUGCUGCUGGCUCCCGUUCUUCAUCCUCAACUGCAUGGUGCCCUUCUGCGAGCAGCCGAGCGGAGGGGAGGCGUUCCCCUGCAUCAGUCCCACCACGUUUGACGUGUUCGUGUGGUUCGGCUGGGCUAAUUCCUCCCUCAACCCCAUCAUCUAUGCCUUCAAUGCAGAUUUCCGCAAGGCCUUCUCCAUCCUGCUGGGCUGCCACAGACUGUAUCCAGGAGGCCACAACAUAGAGACGGUCAGUCUAAACAAGAAAUGACUCAUGACUCUCUCACAGCACUGACUCAUCCUUAAUGCUAAGAGUACAAGCAUUCCUGCUGAGGCCGGUCUGAUCGACUUCAAACAAGGACGCUGCUCUCUGUGCUAACUCUCAGUGUGACUGAAGGAUACCGUGACCCUAUAUGUACCCGUGUUUGCAUUAGGCGAGCGGCCCGCCUGUGUUCAGACUAUCAGAGCGAGCUUGUCGUGUUCGCCAUGGUCACUACACUGUCGCUGUCUUCAGCUGGAAGAAGCUCCUGUAAGAGGAGAGGGGAUAUUGGGGAUUGAGAUUAAGACUCUCCGCUGUUGUGCCAGGGAGCUGGGAGUGCAGCAGUGCUGACACGCCUCUGGGAUAGAUAAUCCCAUGACUGGGCAGCACAGUCCCUAAUGCUGUCAGACACUGCUCUCUUCAAUACCAUCACACACACGUACACAAACACAAACACUGUCAAAACAUGCCCCUCUAAAUACAGUGUAGUUGCAGCACUCAGCAUGCACACUACAACAAAUUACACGACAGCACACAGAAAUACCGUUACUCAUUACGUUAACAUCCUGGGCUCUGCGAGGAUUCCUGCGGUAAUACGUCAAACCAAAUCAUGUUUCUACAUAGAUGAACAUGUAGAUAAAGUCCAUCCACAAGCAACGUAACAUUAAAGCUAGAUUGGGAACAGAUUUGAUCUGACUUGAUGUUUUAAAAGAAAGCUCUGAGAAGCGGACACCAAUGAAAAUAGGUCUGAAUUUCUUUUGGAAGUAAAGGUACACAGACAUGGAAAAAACAGCUUGUCAGUCUGCAGGUUGAAAUGUCAACCCAUUACAACUUUAAACCAAAUUUACUCAACAGAUGCCUCAUAAAUUAUUUGUUUGACUGCUUGAAAGUGUUUUAUGGAUGAGUGUCUCAUAUUACUUUGUGUAUCCUGUAUUUUUCAUAAACAACAGCUGAUGACCUCUUUUAUGGAAAAGGCAAAGACCUUAACAAAGGUUUUGAUUGACUUGUGGUGUUUUUGAAUGUUCUGUUUGUUUUGGGGCUGAAACAGAAUUGUAAUUGAUUGAAUCAUGUUUGAGUAAAUCUGUUUUAAUUUGCUCUUUAAAGUUAAUUAUUAAAGGUGAAUGUGGGUUUAUUACAACUUGGAUUUUAUUUUGAUAGGUUUAGCUAUGAUUUCUAUUUAUUAUAAUUACAUUGUUCUCCCCAAAAGUAAUUGCUGAGGAAAUCUGGGAAACACUGACAUCACCACAAUGAAAUCCGACAAGGCAAGAAACACGAGCAGACAAAUGAUCAGGCAAGAAGUAAACCAGCCCAGUUUGGGCAGAUUACUGAAGCCACUUUAUUUGGAGGCAAACCCGCAAUGUCACUAAUAACCCUUGAUAGCACAAGAGAAAAAGAGAGAAAUGGAACCUUUGCUGUAAAGCAGCUGUAGUUUACAAAGCCAUAAGAAAGCCUUACCUUUAUCUGUGAUUUUUCGAAUCCAAAAUGCUUCCUCACGUUUGGAAAAGCUUUCUACAUUUAGCGUUAGAAAAAGAACAAAAAUAGCUCAGUUUACCGAGGGCAACAGGACAUGCUUACACACUGUGAAUUUUUACUUCAAUUAAAUUAAAACUAGAAGUAAAAAUAAUUUCGCUUUGGAUGGUAGUUUGAGUUUCAAAUAAAAAGUGACAGCCCUUGUGCACACAACUAAAGUAUGCGUGUCAAAGUGGAACGAGGUUCAUGUUUGUUUUGUUUGUUUAAAACCUGUGAUCUGAUUAUCUGACUGGACUUCUUUGUCUCGUCAGAUGCGUUUGUAGAGAUGUCUCUGUGUUUCCAGAUCUCAGAAGAUAAAGAAAAACCUGUUAGCUAUCUUCCUGGCAAACUCACAAACCAGUUGAGAUAUAAUGCGUUCAUUAGUGAGCCAUAGUGCUGGUGCUGGUACACUUUUUUCUAAAGAUCUUUGGACAGAACCAAGCUAGCUGUUUCCUCUGCUUCCAAUCUUAUCUUAAUGCUAAGCUAAGCUUAUAUAAGACCCAGGAAUGAUCCUAUAAAGAGAGGCAUGGCAUGGUGGAGUAUUAAGAACAGGAUGCACUUCCUUCAUCUUCAGCGGUUAAUUUGGUGUAAUGUAUUUAUUUUGAAGUGCUAACUUACUUUAUCAGGUAGCUGCAGUGAGCAUUCAUGACACAAACAAAAGUUGUAGGUGUGUGUACUUGGCUAUAAACAGUCUCUCUCUAGAACAUGCAGUUGUUAUGAAGGUGUGACCCCUUGCAUACAUGUUGUUAUGUCAAAUUCAUAACAGUAUAACCCAUCAGAAGAAACAGCGCAGGGUCUGUUUUAGCCAUCUCAGUGCUCAGCUUAAUAAAAGUGUAUUUGUGCAUUUUGAUGAAAUCCACUGUGAACGUGUGAUUGGCUGCGCAGCUUUGACCUCCAUACAACAAACUUCCUGAAGCGCAUUUCACACCAGAAAGGGUAAAACCUGAUGGGACCAGCUGUGUCUCACAACCAAAAUUUCGCUCUCACAUAACUCUAGUGUUCAUGCGUGUGUUCAGUCCGGUGACGUCAUUAGCAAAGUGAAAGGCCCAAUCUGGAGUCGUGAAUAGCCUGGUACAAUAAGGUAGAGCAACCACUGUGACACCUCUUCAUCCCUACUGUCGGUUUUGUUUCUGUUAUUCGUUGCAUUAAAGUUGUCUUUAACCCUCAAA